UUGAUUAAAUGAAAUUGCGAAAUAUCAUCCACAUAGGUGUUUUUUACAAUUUCGCGUUAUUUAACGUUCGCCAAUUAAUGCCAAUACGCCUCUUAACCCCAGCGGACAACACUUUUUAGUUAUUACUCGCCUUUGAAUCUUCGGACACGAAUUCAUUUUCUUAUCAUCUUAUCAAUAAAUAUUGAAUAAUAAUUAAAAUAUGUUGUACUUUUAAAAUAAUAUUAAUAUGUUUUAUAUGUUUUAAUGAUUUAAUAUUCCGUCAACAAAUAUAAUAUAACUCUACUUUAUUAUUAUAAUACCCAUCUUUAUCCACCUACCAUUCAUUUGAUCAUCACGUCACGAGUCAGAAAUGUCUUGGUGGUUCUCAAAAAUAAAAUGUCAAAAAAUUAACUGAAAGAAAUGUGGGAAUAAGUUCGGACGAUGAUAUGAUAGACAUUACAACAUCAGGAACAAUGACUGAACGUACUUUAAAUCAGAGAUCACCUAUAAAUUUACCAGGUAUUGACGUCAUUUUUGCGGGAACAAUAAAUUUUGGUUCUGGAGAAACUGAGGAUAUUCCUGGAAUUGGUCAGUAUGAAGAUUUUCAUACAAUUGAUUGGCAGCGAGACAUUGCAAGAGAUCGGAUGCGACAUAGAUAUAUACUAAAACGCAAACAAAAUUCAUUUAUUGAUCUAAUAAAAUCAGCUCACGAUGCAUGGUCUGGCUGGCUUUGUGUACUGUUGGUGGGACUUGUGACUGGAACUGUUGCAGCAAUAAUUGAUAUUGGAACCUCAUGGAUGUCAGAUCUAAAAUUUGGUAUUUGUCCUCAAGCAUUUUGGUUAAACAUGGAACAAUGUUGUUGGUCGUCAAAUGAAACUUCAUUCGAGCUAGAUAAAGGAAACUGCUCACAAUGGUUUUAUUGGUCCGAAAUAAUGACUUCUUCAAACUAUGGACCUUUUGCCUACAUUGUAUCAUAUUUAUUUUACAUUGCUUGGGCAUUACUAUUUGCAGCCCUUGCUGCUGGUUUAGUCAGAAUGUUUGCCCCCUAUGCAUGUGGAUCAGGUGUCCCAGAGAUAAAAACAAUUUUAAGUGGCUUUAUAAUUAGAGGGUACUUAGGAAAGUGGACUCUACUGAUAAAAUCUGUUGGAAUAAUGAUGUGUGUUUCGGCUGGUCUCAGUUUGGGUAAAGAAGGACCUAUGGUACAUAUAGCUUCAUGUAUUGGUAAUAUUUUAUCAUAUUUAUUUCCUAAGUAUGGCCGAAAUGAAGCUAAAAAGAGAGAAAUAUUAUCAGCAGCAGCAGCCGCUGGGGUUUCUGUUGCUUUUGGGGCUCCAAUUGGUGGAGUCCUUUUUAGUUUAGAAGAGGUUAGCUAUUAUUUUCCAUUGAAAACUUUAUGGCGUUCAUUCUUUUGUGCUCUCGUUGCUGCAUUUGUGCUUAGUUCAAUCAAUCCAUUUGGCAACGAACAUUCUGUAAUGUUCUAUGUGGAAUAUCACAGGCCAUGGAUGUUUUUUGAACUUAUACCAUUUAUUGGAUUGGGAAUUAUUGGAGGCGUGAUUGCAACAGUUUUUAUCAAAUGCAAUAUUAAAUGGUGUCGUUUUCGUAAAACCUCCAUUCUUGGACAAUAUCCAGUCAUGGAAGUAUUAUUACUCACAGCUGUAACAGCAAUACUCUCGUAUCCCAAUCCAUAUACACGUAUGGGAACAAGUCAAUUAAUUUAUCUUCUUUUUAGCCAAUGUGAUGUAUCUAGUAAUGAUGGUUUGUGCGAUUAUACAAACGACAAAGCAAAUGUAGCUGGACCCGGGGUAUACACAGCUAUGUUACUUCUGUCAAUGGCAUUUGUAUUGAAAUUAGUCACUACAAUUUUUACAUUUGGUAUAAAGGUACCUUGUGGUCUGUUCAUCCCAAGUUUGGCUAUGGGCGGUAUCACUGGCCGCAUUGUUGGUAUUUUGAUGCAACAAUUAGCUGCUAAACAUCCCCAUUUAUGGUUUUUUGACAAUAGUUGUGGAUUACCUGGCCAAGAAGGCUGUAUUACUCCUGGCUUGUAUGCCAUGGUAGGCGCUGCUGCUGUUCUAGGAGGAGUAACCCGAAUGACUGUUUCGUUGGUAGUCAUUAUGUUUGAAUUGACCGGUGGUGUGAGAUACAUAGUUCCGUUGAUGGCAGCUGUCAUGGCUAGCAAAUGGGUUGGUGAUGCACUGGGCAAAGAAGGAAUGUAUGAUGCUCAUAUUCAAUUAAAUGGUUAUCCAUUUUUGGACAGCAAAGAAGAUAUUGUUCACACAGCCUUGGCCGCUGAUGUUAUGCAGCCACGUCGAGCCGAGAAUUUGAACGUUCUCACUCAGUCUUCAAUGUCAUUAGAAGAUACCGAAAUAUUAUUAAAAGACACUGAACAUAAUGGAUUUCCGGUUGUGGUUUCACGAGAAUCUCAAUAUCUUGUUGGAUAUGUGUUACGAAGAGAUUUGCAAUUGGCAUUAGAAAAUGCAAAACGAACCAUUGAUGGACUAUUACCUGAAUCUUUAGUUCUAUUUACCGACAUAACCCAACAAGUAAUGCCGCCACCCUUAAAAUUAAAAAAAAUUCUGGAUAUGGCCCCAAUUACAAUUACUGAUCAAACACCUAUGGAGACUGUGGUUGAUAUGUUCAGAAAAUUAGGACUUCGACAAACAUUGGUUACACACAAUGGGAGACUUUUGGGAGUAAUAACAAAGAAAGAUAUUUUACGUUACAUUAAACAGGUUGAUAAUGAAGAUCCCAGUUCUGUACUCUUCCAUUGAUGGUCGUUAUUCAACCAUAUGGAUUUUAUAUCCAUUAUUUAGCUCAAUUUUCAUAUUUUUGUUUAUAUAUUUUAAUAAUUUUUUUUUUCAAAGUUUUGUUUUAGAAACUUAAUUUUAAAAAUAUUAUCAUAGUAGUUUCCUAGAUAUUUAAUUUAGUAAAUAUUUUGGGAAAGGUUAAUUGUGAAUAAUAGUUUACUCAAAAAUUAAAUACUAUAUAAAAAUAACUAUGUAAUCGACUAUAAACAUUGUAAGAUACAUUUUGAAUUUAUGGGUUUGCUCGUAGGUUGUAAUCAGUAACAACCAAAAAUAUAUUAUUAAAAAUUAAUAAUAUUAUAUUUUUUUUUGUUAAUAAUAUAAUGAUUGACUUAAAUUCAUUGAGAAAAAUCUCUUUACUUAAUUAAUGGCCAUUCUUACAAUGUCUGGUUUAAGUUAACAAACACUUAACCAGACAUUGUAAGAACGGCCCUUAGGGCCAGUUGCACCGUCUCUGGUUAAGGUUAACCGGAGUUUAAUCGGCCGAAUUUGCCCGGUUAAAUCUCUGUUAUCAGUUGAUUAAGCUUAAUGGAAGUUUAACCGUAGACGGUGCAACUGGCCCUUAGUCUGUUAGUGUGUAUAUAUUCUAUUAUAAUACUUAUCAGUUUAUAACAAUUAUUGUAAUUUUGUAUUUCCCUUAAACAUUUGAUUUAAUCUUUUAAUUUUGUACCUCUUCAUAAAAUAAAUGACUAAUCCAUAGCCUGUUCAAUUAUUACACUAAUGCAGGGUUGCAUAAAAAGUAUAUUCAUUUAAUGGUUCAAUAUAAUUUAAUGAGCCACUAAGUCAUGUUUAAGGGAUCAUUAGCUCACUAUUGAUUCAUUAAAUGUUUAAUGAUUGUUCAUGCAACUCGACAUAUACUUGGGGUGCCAUUUAAAACUAUCUAUAAUAUUAUAAUAUAUUACUUUUAUUAUCAUAAAACAAUAAUCUAUUUUACUCUUCAAUUUUCAUAUUAAUACUACUACUAAAUACUAAUAACAAAAUAAAGCUAAAAAAAAAUAUGGAAAACUAUUAAGUAUAAAUUCUAGCCUAACCUAACCUAACCGGCCAGGAAAUUGCAUAUUGCCUAAAUAUUGCGCCUUAUUAAGACACUCGAGCAGACCCCUUAAGGCACUCUACUUGAGAGCGCUAGUAUCGUUUUUUUAAUUUUCCGGAUUUUUACGGUCCGGGAUAUUAUGGUCCGCGCAUUUUUAUUUUCCGGAUUUUUACGGUCCGGGAUAUAAUGGCCCGCACAUUUUUAUUUUCCGGACUUUUGCGGUCCGUUCGAUUAUUUUCCGGGAUCUUACAUGCGUCCAAUAAAAUAUAUAUGUACUAAUAGACUAUUGUAUAAUAAUUAUAAUUAUAAAUUGAGUUGAAUUGUAAUGUGGCCAUGUGGGGCUUAAGUAUAUAUUAUAUCGAGCAAACCCUUGAGUUGGUUAAAUGUAAUUUAAUCAUAUUAAUAUACAUUUUUUUUUAUAAAUUAUUGCUGGUAGCUAAUUAGAAAAUUAUCUUGUUCCAUUGUACAAUAUAUUUAACCUUGAUUUUUGUAAAUUCUGUUAUUCACUAUUUCUAGAUUGUUAAUUAAAUUUUGAUUAUACUAUAGAGUAAUGAGUAUAGACUAUUGAGCAGUGGUCUUCAACCAGUUCAACCGGCGGGUCACGUGUGCUACAAAAUUUACUCGCUAUAUACUUUUAAUUUUUUAAAAAAAAACAUACAGUAAAAUUGUAUUUCAUUCAACUGUACAAAGCGAAUAAAGUGUAUAUAAUCGUAAUAAUAAAUUAACAUGUUUACUGCGGAUGACACCAGAUGGUGUAAUUUAAAAUGUUCGCAUAUGCUGAUUGCCGAAUGACACCAAUUAUUAGGGGCAUGUACCUUGUUAUAAAAUACAUUACAAUUUGGUUAGCGGUACAACUUAAAUAUUCGUUUUUUGUAAGCGUCUCAUUGUUUCAUAAGUACAUACAAGUCAAAUUAAUAUUUUAAUUUUUCAAUUUUUUAGUAUCACAAUAAUUACAAAUAUGAUACACACACAGCUAAUGUUAAUUAAAAAUUGGUGCAUUUUUAUUACAAUAUUUAUCAAUCAGCUUUUAUAUUUUGUACAAUCUAGGGAAAUGUCUUCUCUAAAUCAUGAUUUUUUUGAAACUUGUCUCAAAAAUUAUAUAGUAAAUAAAAUGGGUUGUAAGUCAAUUAAUAAGGUUAAAGACCACUGCUAUAGAGGUAGCUCUUAGUAACUUAAACCCUUGAUAACUUGAAAUUUUUGAUAUUUUGAUAUAAAAACAAUUCCUUUCAUUAAAACUGUGAACUUAAAAUCUCAACCAUACAAACAAUUAUUUUUAAUUAAAUACUAUUUUAUUUAUCCAUUUGUAUAUUAAUAACUAAUUAUAUUUUAAAUACUAGAUACAUCACGUCAUCUAUUGACUAUUAUCUAAGCUUAUGGCUUAUGUAAUUAUCUUUGAUAUACCUACCUAAUAUAAUAUAGUUAAAAUAAUAAAAUAUAUUGCCAUAAUCUCUUUUAGAUGUGAUAAUUCUUGUUCUUUAAAUAAAUAUGUAUUUGCUGUUCCA